AUGCGCCUGAUCGAUGUCAAGACUCUACAGUUGAAAGAGUUCGGCAGCGGCGAAGUACCCAGAUAUGCUAUCCUCUCGCACCGAUGGGAUUCCGAAGAGGUCUCCUUCCAGGACAUGAGUCAACCAAAAACCUUUGGCAAGAGAGGCUUUGCUAAGAUUCAGUCGGCAUGCUGGCAGGCCAGGAACAAAGGGUAUUCGUACUUAUGGGUCGAUACUUGUUGUAUCGACAAGACGAGCUCGGCAGAGCUGACUGAAGCCAUCAAUUCCAUGUACAAAUGGUAUCAGAAUGCUGAUAUCUGCUUCGCCUACCUUAUGGAUAUCGAGUCGCGAAAGAAUGCGCUCAAGGAUAGCGUGUGGCUGACCCGCGGAUGGACACUGCAAGAACUGAUCGCUCCAAAACAUGUCAGUUUCCACGAUCGCAAUUGGGUAUUUCUAGGCACCAAAGACGACCUCGCGCACGAGCUUUCCAUGCACACCGGCAUCCCAAUCGAGGUCCUCGUGGGACAUAGCAGACCUUCGAGCUGCUCUGUGGCGCAAAGAAUGUCGUGGGCAUCAAGGCGACAGACGACACGUAUCGAGGACAGAGCGUACAGUCUCCUCGGUAUCUUCGACGUCAGCAUGCCGAUGCUAUACGGAGAAGGCGAGAAGUCUUUCGCAAGGCUGCAGCAGGAGAUCCUCAGACUUUCCGACGACCAAUCCAUAUUCGCUUGGGAUCGCGGCCUCGAAGGUUAUUUUGGAGGCCACAGCGGUUUGCUGGCGACAUCUCCCUCGCAAUUCGUCACAUGCCAGAAUGUCAUCCGCUCCUCCCAUGGUCUCCCAAACACCGGAAGAUUUGAGCUUACCAAUGUCGGGCUCUCUAUCUCCCUGCUGACGGUACCGUGGACGAUUGAGACGUAUCUCUGCAUCCUGCACUGCACUCUUCGGGCCUCUCCUGGUUCAAGGCUGGGUGUCUUCCUGGAACGGUUGUCGUCGUCGCAGGAUGCGGAGCAGUACGCUCGUGUCGCAGUCAACGGCAACACUGUUUUGUGUGUUCCGAUGCAAACAGUUCUGCAAGACCCACGGCAUCGCGUGCGACACAUCCAUGUCCGCCCAGCUAUAAUCGAUGCGCCCCUCCGCAGAUGGUAUGGAUUUCGUCUCCACGAAUUCAUUGUCCCAGAGUAUACACUCAACGAACUCUACAAGACGGCGUUUCACUUCCGCGACAGCUUACGUGUCAUUACCCGCUAUAGCCACCAGGAAAUGCGUGCCGCCAAGCUGUACCAUCCUAAUGGGCUUGCUGGCCUGCCUCCCCGGCCCCUUUUUUUCGGCAUGCCCCCUGGUCGCAACGACUUGGAGCCCGUCAGAGGGACUGCUGCCAUCUUCUACAUUCCGCCCUCGAAGCACGACAAGAAAGGCGACCGAGUUUGCUGGAUGAAGUUUGGCUUCGACAAGAAUUUCAACCCCGUUUGUAUCUUGGGCCGACGAAAGUCUUUGUGGGGAGGUAAUGCAGGUCAUCUCGCUGCGGACGAAGACUCAUACUAUGACGCCGAAGAGCAACCUGGAAAGCAUGCUCUUCUAUUCAGAAGCGACUGGCUCGUUCAACUCGCACCGUGCGACGACGAUAGAGAAGUCGCCGCGCUAUGGCGCUCGCGGGACUACUGUGUGAUCCGCGGGCACCGAGAUCUGGGACUUGACCGAGAGAUCCACUUCUUACGUUUGCAUAUAUCUGUCAAGCUGGAGCACAUACCACCGAACUAUCCAGUCGAGGGACGCCCUGGCUCAUUGCUGCCUGGCAUGAAUGUCUGGACCAUCAACGUCGGGACGUUGGGUCCCGGCGGUAAGGGCGUUGGGAUGAAGACUGCACAAACCACAGGAGAACUUCUCUUGAGAGGAAUCGACGAUAUUUUCAUGGCAGUCUGA